UUUCUUUUCUCACAGAAAUAGUACACUCCCUAUAUUUCCUCUGAAUUUUCAUGGGAUUUCGACCGUUAACACCCUAAUUCGUAAAUUUUCCUUCGUUUUCUAUCUGGGUUUCCAACUUUCCCUCAAGUUUUCUCGCACUUCCUCACCUGGGUCUCUCUCAGAAUGGGCAAAAACCAAGCUUACAAGGCCAUGCAGCGAGCUCGCCUCGGCUCCAGCUCAGCUGCGCCGGAAGAGAUCGAGGACGGCAUGGUGGAUGGGUCUUUUCAUUCACCAGAGUGGCAUGCUGCUCGUUUGGCCAGCCUUAAAACUUCUCAUACAAUUACCUGGGAAGAAUUCAAAAAGAAGCAAAAGGAAGAUGAAGUAAGAAAGGGUGAACAAGAAGCAGAUACCAAUAGAAUGAUGCGAGAGUACAGAGCUCAGUUAGAUGCUGAAAGGGCACGCAAGCUGGCCCACGGGAGGAACUACUCUAGCAGUAAAUCUAGUAAUAAAAAGGAUAGGAAGGAUAGAGAUUUGAAGAAACGCAGCAGCAAAAAGAGAAAGCAUUCAAGGCGGAGAUCUUCUGAGUCAAGCUCCUCAAGUUCAUCCUCGGAUUCAUCAAGUAGUGACGAUGAAGAAAGAGAAUCAAGAAGAUCAAAGUCCAGGUCUAAGAGAUCAAAGAAAGAAAAGAAGUACAAAUCAAGAACCAAGCACUCUGGCAGUGAUGAUGAAGAAGCUGGUGGUCCUGUACCACUUUCAAAAUUCUUUGGGAAUGCUAAGAGUUAACUGCAUGAUUUUCAAAGACGGUGGUGUACUUAAUACAAUUUUCUUCUAUAGGAGAUGAAUGGGUUCUUUUAUUGUUUUGCCUAGCGAAUUCGAGUAUAAUUGUUCUUCCUCUAUCCAGUGAUGAUGAUGUUUAUUUGACCUUUAAUCUCCGUACUUGAGCUCCCAAUUCUGUUUUCUUUACUCUAAGCCAGUGAUGUAAUAUAUCAGAAUGACUAAUAAUGAACUGUAUCAUAUAAAUUUGUGUACCAGAGUUAUGGAAA